UGUUUGUGCAUUUUUUUGUAUGUGUACUUUUAAUACACUAUAUAAAUCCUGCACAGAAUUUAAUAAAAACUCAUUAAAAAAACUCUAUCAGAUUAGACAAUUAGGGUUUGGAGGCUGUCACAACACAAGUAUAAACAACAACCACAAACAGGAAAACGUCUUUAAAUGCUUUAUUAAAUAAUACAGGAACUCAAAAGAAACUGAACUACACAAGACACAAGUGAACAUAAUGGGUUACUAAGGAAACAGACGAGAGACUAAUUAAACUAAACAAGAACUGAUAAUGACUUUAACAAUAAACAAAAAAACUGAAAGAAACUUUGAAAACUAAAUAUAAUCCUGACAGUGGUGGGGAAGUUCUUGGCAAAAACAGAAAUAUUUUGCAUUUUACUCAUUGGACAUUACGGGGGAAAACCUCAAAACUACUAAUAUAAAUGAACAAUUCAUUUUUAACAAUGACAUAUAUCCAAAAAUAUCAGCAAAAACCCACAAAAUUUUCACUUCAUUAUUUAACUGUUGUGCGAAUACUCAAUCAUGUGACGUUUGUGUGGGUUUGUUGUAAGUCUGAUUUUCCUGUUUGAUAUGUCGCAAUGUGAAACUUGGCUGGCAUCACUGGGAUGGCAGGUUUUUGUUUUAACUGAACUCGUGCUCAUUCAUUCUGUAUGCCAGUACAACAGCGCUCAUGAAAAAUGCAGUAUAAUCGUGUACUACACUUUGCCAUGGUUUUGCCUGCUUUGUUUGAAACAGUUCAUGGACAUUAUGGAUAUUUUGUAUUUCUCUGUCGUGAACUUGGCUCACUGGAAAAUGUUGAGUUUAUCUUGUCAGCAUACUACAACAAGGCUGAACUGAUAAGAUUCAACAGCACAGAGAAUAAGGUUGUUGGUUACACUGAGUAUGGAAUUAAAUGGGCAGAUGAUUUGAAUGCAAAACCUGAGUGGCUAAGAAAGGAGGGAGAAAAAGCUGUGGCAGACUGCAAGAACUAUGGAGCAGAGUAUCACCAUUUGAUAGAUAAAACAGUAAAACCAGAAGUCACUAUCCGAUCAGUAAGGCAGGCCAGUGGUAAACAACCAGCCAUGUUGAUAUGCAGCGCUUAUGACUUUUACCCAAAACUGAUUAAAAUGUCCUGGUUGAGGGACGGUGAGGUGAUAACUUCAGAUGUGACCUCGAUUGAAGAGCUGGCUGAUGGAGACUGGUAUUAUCAGAUCCACUCCCGCCUGGAAUAUUUCCCAAAACCUGGAGAGAAGAUCAGCUGUGUAGUGGAGCACCCCAGCUCCAGUAAACCCAUCAUCUACCCAUGGGAUUCCUCUUCAUCUGAAUCUGAGUCUGAUAAGAUAAAGAUCAUUGCUGGGGCUGCAGGUCUUGUGGUGGGAAUCAUCAUGAUUGUUGGAGAACCCAUCUGCUAUUUAAGAAAAUGCAUAGCUCAUGUUAAUACAGCUACAGUUCAGGACACCAGACUCACCCAACAUUUGCAGACACCGGCUGGAGAUUGAGUGACAGACUGUAAUGCAUCAAACAUCAUCAAACCUUGGCAAAGGUCUUCAAAAAAAAAGAAAAAAGAAAAUAAACAAAUAUAAAAUAAGAAUAAGUAACACUAUAAAAUAAGUGUUUACAACAAGUGUUUACAAGUGUUUGAAUGAGAUUUAGUGUCUGCUUGCAGAAAACGUUCAAACCUCCUCCUGCCCAGUCACUUUGCACCUUGUCUUAUUCCUACUAUGGAAGUCAAUAGACACUAUCUGCUGUGUGUUUACCAUCAUUUCUCAAAAUAUCUUCUUGUGUGUUCAUCAGAAAAAAAUAAAUGUUGUUUAAAACAACG